AUGAGCUUUCAAAGCUAUCUAAGAGGUCCUACCGAGGACAAGGAAGUACCACAGGCUCCACCUGUAGACGUUUACGCCUCUGUCAAUAGUUAUUUGGAUCUUUUUUCGCAGAAAAAUAAGCUGGUGAUCGUUACUGGUGCCGCGGGAGCUAUUGGAGGCGCUAUUUGCGAAGGCUUUGCGUCAGUGGGUGCGGAUCUAUGUGUUGUGGACUACAAAUAUGAUGCCGAGUUUGCCGAGUAUUUGUCAAAAAAAUACGGUGUGAAGGCCAAAGCCUAUCAGCUCGAUAUCACCAACCACGCAGAUGUCAAGACGUGCCUCGAAGUAAUUAAAAGUGACUUCGAAGGCCGUGACAUAGACACUUUUAUUGCGAACGCAGGGGUCGCAUGGACCAAUGGAUCAAUUUUGAGCGAAAACGCGACUCCAGAAGCAUGGCAAAGGGUCAUGGAUGUCAACGUCCAAGGCACGUUCCAUUGUAGCAAAUACGUUGCCGAAAUUUUCAAGCUCCAGGGACACGGUAGCUUGAUUUUGACCGCUUCAAUGUCUAGUUACAUCUCCAAUGUACCCAAUUACCAGACCUGCUACAAUGCUUCAAAAGCUGCUGUCAGACACAUGGCCAAAGGUUUUGCCGUCGAAUUUGCGCAUUUGACAACCCCAGCGGGUAGAAUCCGGUGUAACUCUGUGUCUCCGGGCUAUACUGAUACAAUUUUGAGCUCUUUUGUUCCUACCGAGCAGCGCGCACAAUGGUGGGGGUUAACCCCAGUGGGACGUGAGGCCCUACCCCAAGAACUUGUCGGGGCCUAUCUAUACUUGGCUUCUGAUGCGGCAACGUUCACCAACGGAACCGACAUUGUCGUUGACGGAGGCUACACGGCCGUGUGA